AUGUCACAGGAUGUGAAUUUUUUUCCUUAUUUUAGCAUUAAGAACCCAGUGACAAGUGACGUCACAGAUGAAGCUGAACAGGACACCAGUACUUGCAGGCAAGAACCAGGAAAAUCACCCAAGAAACCAAGGCGACCAGUUAAUAGAUUUGGAGAUAUGACUGAGGAAGAAGUACUCAACUUGAAAUUACCUGAGCAUUUGGGAUACAAUCUGGAUAUAUUAUUUGUAAGUGUGCUGUGCAUGUCAGCACUUCAAAUGCUGAAAAAUAACUAAAUGCCUUAAAACAACAAUGGCAAUAGGCCUGUUUAACAAAUCUCCAGAAAAAACUCGAAACAAUUUUAGGCUCUCAUUUCAUUUGUCAAUUUCCAGCCCAUAUACAACAGGGCUGUGCUCUAGCAGAGCCCAGUGGCCCCUGGCACCUAACUUUUGCCCUCGGGCGACUAGAAAAUCCCAGAUUUUUCAUACAAAUCAUAUGCUGGGCACCCUAGAUUUUACAGUUUCAGAGCACUGGGCUCCCUUCAAUUUUCCCUAGAGCACAGCCUUGUACAAUGUGUUCUUUCAAAACUAACAACAAAGUAAUUAUAUUAUCAAAAAGAGGGGAAAAGUACUGUCUAUGUAAAAAAUCUGUAUAAUGCCAAUAGAAAUUUCAGUGAGUUAAAAUGCCGAAAAGUAGAGAGCAUUUUGCAUCAAGCAGAGUUGUAACUUAUUUAAGAUUUUGUCUAGUUAUUUUCAAAAUUUAGCAUAAAGUUCCAGGAUUUUCUAACCUUAUGUUUUUAACAUUUUUCAUUUACCAUCAAUGAAUUACAAUUUUUAAUUAAAUCUGAUUCUAGACCUCUCUGUUGUGUUGGCAGGUUGGAAUAAACCCAGGUUUAAUGUCAGCCUACAAAGGACAUCACUAUCCAGGAGCCAAUAACCAUUUCUGUGGGUGAAUUUGCUUUGAGUCCAAUUAAUUGCCGAUUUUCCUGUAAAUGAGCGUGGUUUUUUUUCGUUUGCUUGUUCUUUGUUUGCUUGUUUGUUUUUUUCUCAUUUUGCUUUCAGUUAAGGCAAUGAUAAGAAACAAGAUUUCUUAAAUGAAUUCCUAUUAUAAAAUAAUAAUAAUUAUUAUUAUUAUUUUUAUAAUUAUUAUUAUUAUUAUUAUCGUCAUCAUCAGCAGCAUCAUAAUGAUCAUUAUUAGUUAUGUAAUUGUUCAUUUUUAAAACAAACAAUUCCUUAAUCCUAAACAAUUACUGACAUUGCUGACUGUCUUUUUUUAAUAAUUAUUGCCUGAUUAACUCUUUCUUAAUAAUAAUUAUUUAGCUACAUGUAGUCCCUUAUAUAUAUUUUAUAAUUUAUUUACAGAUUUGUAAUACAUGCCCUUUAAUUUGCAGGGCCAUGUCUGUACCAAUCGGGUUUGGUGCCUGACAGAUUGACUUAUCUAGAUGAUGUGAGAUGUCCAUCAGAUUAUCAGAUAGGUUUAACAAACAUGGUGGAGCGUACUACAAGAGGAAGCGCUGAUCUGUCCAGGUGAUAAGCUCAACAGGGAUGGGUUGCUGAUUGGGGCAGGCCGGUCACACCUGUGUAUACAAAAAAAAAAUACUUGGCUAUUAAAUCCCUGCUAGGAACUAGGAGUGCAGGCUAUGCACAAGAGUAAGACACCUUUGAGGAGAGAGGUAGCUUCCUCUUUCCUCGGCGUGUCCUCCUCCCUUGGGGCCAGGUCAUGGCUACAGGAUAUGGUCAUGGUGACUUAUUUCUAGUCACAUAUAAUUAAUAUUUUUUAAUUAGAUGUUCUAUUUCCUGCAAUAAACACAAAAUACAUGAACCUGUAUCCAUGCAAUGAUAUAGAAGCCAUGUUGAUUGGGACAAAAAGGAUGUAUAAUUAAUACUAAUUAUUAGCCAUGACCUGCGUAAGGGAGGAGGACACGCAUGAGGAAAGAGGGAGCAACCUCUCUUCUCACAGGUGUCUUUUACUCGCGCAUAGCCUGCGAGGAAGCUCUUCAUCUGGGGAGUCAGAAUGAUAUUUCAAGGUAUCUUGAUAGUGUAAAUUAAUGAAACCAUUGUAACUGCGGAAAGCCUUGAUUUAUUUAUAGCUCAAGAACAAAGUCGAACAUUUAUUUUAUUUUUAACACGAUGCUUUAGAUCAUAAAAGCCUGUAUUCAUGAAGUACUAAUGUAUUUUUUGUUUCCGUUCUUUUCAGGAAAGAAAUGAGAGAUGGGAAGGAGGCUCUUAUACAAAAGGUGGAGCGAUAUAAACCAUUUAUUGUGUGUUUUAAUGGAAAAGGUGACUUCUCUUUUAUAUUCUGCUCUUGUCCCCUUUUUUUUGUCUCGAUUGAUUUGUUUGUUUUCUUAUUAUUCCUAAGGCUAGGCCAAUUAAUUUAUAAUCAUUGUUUAUCUUGCUCCAGUUGAAACCUUAAAAUUUCCUUUCUUGUUUCUUGUCUUGGGGCUGAGUAAAUGAGCUGGAAGUGGCUCACAGGCUUUCCCAGGAUCGUGACAUGUUAAUUAAACCCCAAGUCAUAGUGAUCAUAUGGCAGCCCAGCCAGACCAGUGAUACUGGGAUAAAAUUCACGAAGGCGAAAUGAGCCAGCCCAGCUCUAGCCUGUUCCAAGCGUUCAGAUAGUGGAGAGCGGUGCGAAGUAAAGAAAGCGAUGAAAAGUAGAGGGGGACUCCCUCGCUUUUAUUUUUUCUCCUUUUUACUUCGCACCGCUCCCCACUAUCUGAACGCCUGGAACAGGCUAGCCCAGCUCACGAAAUCAGCACCUUGCCUUCUGCUAUUCCAUUUAAUAUAGUUAAAUGACUACAAUGAAAGUAAUAGCUAAAAUUUAAGUAAAGAUAACAAACUAGUAAAUCAAUAACUGAAUUUUUUGGUUUGUUUUUGUUUUCAAGUAAUCUACGAAACCUUUUCCGGAUCUAAAUGUAAGGUUGGCAGGCAGAAAGACCCAAUUCCAGGAACGACUUCGGUAAGCUAGCUAGCACGAUGCCAGCUGUUGAUAGUAAUAAAAAAAAUAUCCUUUCUGUAGUGCCCUUAUUUUAAUGAAACUGUAGUUUUUGCAAUCUAAGGGACCGUGUAUUUUGUUGAUGGAAUGGACCUGGGGGUUAAGGGGAGGGGGGACCGAAAAAAAAUUGCACUAGACUCCUUCUUCCACCUUCCCCUUAUCGUCGUCGUCAUGGUCGUCGUUAUAGUUAUCGUCAUUAUUUUUUUCUCUACCUCUCUCUCUUCACAGGUAGUUUAUGUUAUGCCAUCUACAUCUGGUAGAACCCAGACCUACCCCCGUGCAAGCGACAAGUUGCCGUUUUUCUUGGAACUUAAAUCUUUGCGUGAUGAACUUAAGGCGAACUCUGUAAACCACUCUUCUCCUGGAGAGGAAGUAAAAUCAAGUUUAAACGAGACUUAGUUAGCUGCAAUUGUAUA